AGUGCUCGAAUCGUCACAACUACAAAUGGCGACCGCUUUAGGAACCGUCGGUUGGGAAGACCUUCGUAAGCAGGCAAGACACGUAGAAAAUGAGAUCGAUGCAAAAUUGGUAGCUUUUAGUAAGUUAGGAGUAAAUACAGCAACCAGUCAUGCCAGUGCAGACACAGUUCCUUUAUUGGACGAAGAACAUGUUUUUGAAAACAUGGCCUCGGAGAUUGAAACUCUUCUCGCCAAAUUAAUCUCAAUUAAUGAAAGAAUGAGUGAAAUUCAACCAAAUGGAGCUGCGAUGUUACAUACCAUGCAGCGUCACAAGGAUAUCUUAAAAGAUUACAAACUUGAGUUCAGCAAAAUACGAAAUAACUUUGUGGCAAGAAAAGACCGUGAAGAUCUCUUGGGUGACGUCCGCAAAGAAAUUGAUAGCUACAAAACUGGAGGAUUGAAUCGUAGAGACAUGUAUCUGAAAGAAAGUCAACAUAUUCACAACUCCGAUCGAUUGAUAAACGAUCAGAUUAGUAUAGCAAUGGAAACUCGAGACCAUUUGAUGUCACAGCGCCAAACCUUCAAACGUAUUCAGACAAGAUUCAACGACAUUUCCAAUCGCUUCCCCGCAGUGAACAGUUUAGUUCAAAGGAUAAAUUUACGCAAGAGAAGAGACUCAAUAAUUCUUGGUCUCAUAAUUGGAUUUUGCACAUUUUUGAUGCUUCUCUACACUUUCCACUAAACUCCCUCUAACCAAAGUAACUUCAAACAUUUUUUUUCUUACAAAAGCGGGCUAUGAAUGCUAUUCGGCAAUGCAGUAAACUCGUUUUCAUUGUUUGAAAAUUUCAAUUUAAUUUUAGAUUCGAUAGAAAGAAAUAUAAAAUAUAAAAAUGGACGUUUAUUGUGGCGUCGAGAAUGCAAGACUGCAGGAUGAAAAUGCGGAAUUCGAUUGUACAGAUUUUUUUACUCUCUGUAGAUAUAACGUGGAUCAAAUAACUUCGUAAUGUAUGCGCGAUCCACGGUUGUUGAAUUAUUACAAUAAAACCGAAACAGACUAAAAAAAAA